UGGAUGCUACAGUGACAUCUCUUCAAGUGAGAAGUCGUCAGCGUUUUAAUUGUAGAAAGGGCUCGUGUACAAAAUCAGAGCAAUACAUUAUCUCCUAGAUUUUCUGUCGCCGCUAAUGUCUAAAAGAUUAUUGCACUAAUACAAUUUCGGCAGCUCUGUUUUGCUUUUAUACGUAUUCGGGGCUGUGGCUGGCCAUUAGCUAGCUGGUCAGUUAUGUCGGAAGUGGAGGAGCAGGGAAGGAAACCAAGUGAAGAGUUGGAAGAGUCCACUGAGGACUCGGAGGAGGAGGACAGUGAGGAGGAACCUAAGCUCAAAUAUGAGCGACUGGCCAAUGGGGUGACGGAGAUUCUGCAAAACGAUGCUGCCAGCUGCAUGACUGUGCAUGACAAGUUUUUGGCCCUGGGGACUCACUUUGGGAAGGUCUUCCUGCUGGACAUCCAGGGAAAUGUCACGCAGAAGUAUGAGAUUAGUUCGGUGAAGAUAAAUCAGAUCAGUCUGGAUGAUAGCGGGGAGCAUGUGGGCAUCUGCUCGGAGGAUGGAAAGGUGCAGGUGUUUGGCCUCUACACCAGAGAAGGCUUCCAUGAGAACUUUGAUUGUCCCAUCAAAGUGGUGGCUUUACAUCCCCAGUUCAGCAAGUCGAACAACAAGCAGUUUGUAACUGGAGGAAACAAGCUGCUACUGUAUGAAAGAAACUGGCUGAACCGCUGGAAGAUGUCCACUCUGCAUGAAGGAGAGGGCACCAUCACCAACAUCAAAUGGAGGGCCAAUCUCAUCGCUUGGGCUAACAAUGUGGGGGUGAAGAUCUAUGACAUCAGCAGCAAGCAACGCAUCACGAACGUGCUGCGGGACAACACGACUCUGAGGCCUGAUAUGUACCCCUGCAGCCUGUGCUGGAAAGAUAACGCCAUUCUUAUCAUCGGCUGGGGAUCUUCUGUCAAGAUAUGUGUGGUUAAGGAGCGUGACCCUACAGAGAUGAGAGAUUUGCCCAGUCGCUAUGUAGAGAUCGUGUCAGCAUUUGAGACAGAGUUCUUUAUUAGUGGGCUUGCUCCUCUAGCUGAUCAACUUGUUACCCUAUACUAUGUCCAAGAGAAUUCAGAUCACAUGGAGGAGGAGUUCAGGGCACGGCCACGCCUGGACAUCAUCCAGCCACUGCCGGAGAGCUGUGAAGAGAUCUCAUCUGACGCUCUCACCGUCCGCAACUUUCAGGAGAACGAGUGCCGUGACUACAAGCUGGAGCACUCAGAAGGAGAGUCUCUGUUCUACAUCAUCAGCCCUAAGGACAUUGUGGUGGCUAAGGAACGUGAUCAGGACGACCACGUGGACUGGCUGCUGGAGAAGAAGAAAUACGAGGAAGCGCUGAUGGCAGCAGAGAUCAGCUUCAAGAAUGUCAAGAGACACGACGUUCAGAAAAUCGGAAUGGCCUACAUCAACCACCUGGUGGAGAAAGGGGACUAUGACACAGCAGCGAGAAAAUGUCAGAAGGUGCUAGGCAAGAAUAUGGAUCUUUGGGAGAAUGAGGUGUACCGCUUCAAAACUAUUGGGCAGUUGAAGGCCAUUAGUCAGUACUUACCCAGAGGAGACCUCCGCCUCAGACCAGCCAUUUAUGAGAUGAUCCUGCAUGAGUUCCUCAAGACCGACUACGAGGGCUUCGCCACGCUCAUCCGUGAGUGGCCAGGAGAGCUGUACAACAACAUGACUAUAGUUCAGGCAGUAACUGACCACCUAAAGAACGACCCCACCAAUAGCAUCCUGCUCACCACCUUAGCUGAACUAUACACGUACGACCAGCGAUACGACAGAGCUCUGGAGAUCUAUCUGAGGCUGCGGCACAAAGAUGUCUACCAGCUCAUCCACAAACACAACCUGUUCUCAUCUAUCGAUGACAAGAUCGUCCUCCUCAUGGACUUUGAUAAGGAGAAAGCUGUUGACAUGCUGCUGGAUAAUGAAGAUAAAAUAUCAACAGACAGAGUGGUAGAUGAACUGAAAGACAGACCAAAGCUAUUGCAUGUGUACCUUCACAAGCUGUUUAAGCGAGACCACCACAAGGGCCAGAAAUACCACGAGAGGCAGAUCAGUCUGUAUGCAGAAUAUGACAGGCCCAACUUGCUGCCCUUCCUCCGAGAUAGUACCCACUGCCCACUGGAGAAGGCAUUAGAGAUCUGCCAACAAAGACACUUUGUGGAAGAAACAGUCUUUUUACUCAGCCGGAUGGGGAACUGCAGGCGGGCACUGCAGAUGAUAAUGGAGGAGCUGGGAGAUGUGGAUAAGGCCAUAGAGUUUGCCAAAGAGCAGGACGAUGCUGAAUUAUGGGAGGAUCUCAUCUCUUACUCUAUAGACAAACCACCUUUCAUCACAGGGUUGCUAAAUAACAUAGGAACCCAUGUGGAUCCCAUUCUCCUAAUCCAUCGCAUUAAAGAAGGCAUGGAGAUCCCUAAUCUCAGAGACUCGCUAGUCAAAAUCCUACAGGACUACAAUUUACAGAUCUUACUACGUGAGGGUUGUAAGAAGAUUCUGGUAGCUGACUCACUCUCUUUGCUGCAGAAGAUGAACCGAACGCAAAUGAGGGGCGUUCGAGUGGAUGAGGAGAAUAUCUGUGAAUCUUGUCAUGUCACAAUAUUGCCAUCAGACACAGCCCAGCCUUUCAGCGUGGUGGUGUUCCACUGCAGACACAUGUUCCAUAAGGAGUGUCUACCCUCCUCAGGAACCAUUCCAGGUGGACAGUACUGCAACAUUUGUAGUGCCAAACGGAGAGGCCCCGGCAGUGGUAUUCUAGAGAUGAAGAAAUAGCGUCCUUUCACCCAGUGGCUCCCAUGCUGGGCUCUAACAUCUGUUGUGCACCAAGCUUCCCAAGAUGACAGCAUCUUAACAAGUUUAAACUAUAAGCCUCAGUGAAUGUCAAAGAAUCGUGAUAUAAAAGCCCUAGUGAAUCUGUAUUAACACUUACUAUUUAUGCAUCACUUACAUUUGCUCAUGUUUGUUCUAAACUGUAUGGUACUUACUAAUAAAAAAUUUUGCAAUGCUUAUCCAUUCUU